CACGAGUAGAGGCCGCCAUUUUAGGUAGAGUGGCAAAUUGCUCCUCGCAUUUUUUUAAGCUUGUUUUUAUGAAUAGCAGCCAAGAUCAGAUUAUGGUGUAGUUUCUAGAUCACGUGACCCUAAACAUUUCUUAAAUUUUCAGUAGCUCAUUUUAUCGUCCACAUUCCGAUAUCAGACAAUUUUUUAUUGAAAGCAUGAAAGUUAUGAAAGAUCUGUAAUAAAAAGAUUAUAUCGUCCGGAAUGAGCAACGCAAGAGAAUUGUAUCGAUGGGAGAGAUUAACAAAACCCAAGAUAUAUGCUACAAAGUCUCAAAAAACUACAGAUAAAAGUGACAUAGAAGACUGGUUAAAGAAAGUUGAAAAAGCAUCCGAACAAGCAACUGACGUUGUUCUUGGUGGAAAUUCAGUUCCAGUUCCAUCUCGUAGCGUUGUACGUAAGAAUACGCAAAAAGAUCUUGAAAAGGCAAGGAUCCACAAUGCUGCUUACGUUGAAGCUCAAGAUUUAUUGGACAAUUGGAUGAAAGAAAAGUUGGUUUUAGACGAAGAAGACGAUAGAGAAUAUUCGGGUCCUUCUGACAUUCAAGUACAGAAUGAAUGGGAUAAAAUAUUGAACGAAUACGAAUCAGAAAUGAUGGCACUAAGAACAAAACCCGAUACUAAAAAAGCUCGUUCUAAAUGUUCUAAUACAUCUAGCAGCCGUGAUCCAGCCAAUGUAGAGAGCAUUGUUCAGAGUCUCCUUGACAAAGAAUAUGUUAGCGAAUAUGUAAUUGAUGAUCUAGGCUUAGAUGAUGACCUUGAAAAGAAAAAGAAAGACCCACGCCUUAAGAUGGAGUUAAGGCACGAACAGGUAAAGAGAAAUCGCCUGCAGAGAGAAGCAGAGCAAAAGAAAAAGUUAGAAGAGAAAAUUAUGAAGAAGAAUGCUAGAAAGGAAGCAGAAAAGGUUAUACGCCAAGAGGAACAAAUGAAGAAAAAUAAAUUUAAAGAAGAAGAAGAGAAAAUUAAGGAACAGAUGAUGUACAUUAGGAAAGAAAUGGAAUUUGAAAAACGUCAAAAAGAAUUAGCAUUAAAAAAGAAAAAGAGCGAAGAGAAUAUGCUAAAGAAUAAAUUAAAACAAAAAAUAGAAAUCAAAGCUAUUAAAGUGGAAGAAGAUGAAACUCAUGAAAGAAUUGCCUCGAUGAAAAAAAUAUUAAUACAAGAACGUCUCAUGGCAGUUGAAGAACGCCAGAAACGUGAGAAUAUGAAGAUUAAACAAAGAUAUUUUAUCGGUUGGUAUAAUUGCAUUCUACAAAGUCGAUUACAACUUGGUAAAGCUAAAGCAUUUUAUGAUUGGAAAUGUUUAAUGAAAUAUUGGAAUUCGUGGAAACUCUACGCCAUUCAACAAUCAAUGAAUAAAAAAGCUAUAAUGCAUCAGGAAUCUGUUAAAACAGAUCAAAGGAAGCAAAUGAUCUCCGUCAAACACUAUCAUACCACUCUUCUAAGAAAGUGUUUCAAUUCUUGGAAGAUGUAUCUAGAACAAGCUAAAGUUUCAGAUAUGUUUGACGAAAAUAAUGAACGUACUAAAAGUAAAAUAAGUGCGUUUUUAGACGCCUUAGAAAAUGUUUCUACCGUCCAAAAAGAAGCUAGUAAAGUAAAUCCAGUACAAGUAGAUGAUAAGCAAUUAGUUUCGGAAUUAUUUAAUGAUAAAAAGGCUCCUAAGAAAGCUAGACCUACAUCUGCUACAACUUCAAAACCAAGUAUUAUUCCUAAGGAAGCUUGGCAAGUUACAAAGAAACACAAUAAGCUUACUAAAGAGCAAAUACUGGAAAUGAACGAAAGAUCUCGAGAAGAGUUGGGUGACGACUUAGUAAUAGAGCAGCAGCCAUCUGAGGAUGAUACUGGUAGAAGUUCAAAAGCGAAGAAAUUUCACCCACCUGAAAAUUAUCAUCAUAGACAUCAAGCUCAACAGAAAAUUUUAUUAGAACAACAAAAAGAGUUAAAGGAACAGAAAAAAUUAAUUGAGGAACUUCACUAUUUACAAAAGCAACAGUUACUCCAACAACAACUUGCGAACAAUCAAACUCCAGAUUUAAUACAAAAACAUCUUUUGGAAUUAGAGAAAAAUUUAAUGGAUAUUGCGAGUAAUUACUCUGAUAAUCAAGCAGCUCAUAGACAAAUGCAUGAAGAUAAACCAACUCUUGAAGGAGAAUCAGAUAUAGUUAGUGAACUUCCAUCUCAAGCGAGACGGGAGACUAUAGAAACUGAAAGAUCAGAAGGAUCGUCCAAUCAGUCGAAUAGUUCCAAGCGACAUUCAGAUUUCCUAAAAGCAAUGGAACAAAGGUCAGCUCAAAGAGCCGCCUUAAAAAAAGAGAGAGAGACUCGAAGAAGACAAGAAGAAAAGGAAAAACUUUUAAGAUUAGAGAGAGAGGCGAACGAAAGAAAGGAAAGAGAAGAAGAGGAGAAAAAGAAGAGAAUCAUAGAGCAUAGGGAAAGGAAACGACAGGAAAUGCUACAACAACAAAAAAAGAUUGAAGAACAAAAACGCUUUCAAUCUUUAAAUCAAAAAGCGGAGGAGUGGGCAACAUUUGCAACAAUGAAAUUUCGAGGUUGGAAGCCGUGGCGUAGAUUUAUUCAAAUGAUAAACGAUAGAAAGAUACUAGCUGAGGAAAAACGUAAGAAGACUCUCUUAAAAUUGGCUUUUUCCGCUUGGAGUUCUAAAUGGCUUUCAAUUGAAGAGGAUCGUAAUAGAAAAGCUAACGAAUUCUAUAGGUUCAACUUACAAAAACACUUUAUAAAGAGGUGGGAGAAAAUUGGUAAAUUAUCUCAAAUAGCCGAAGAAAAAGCAGCAAUACAUUACAGACAAAAGUUAUUAUCAAAAUGUCUUACUUCAUGGGUUUCUUAUUACGAUGAAGAGAAGAUUCGUACCUGGAGGAUGGAAAAUAUUGCGGACCAACAUAAUACAAGGCGUAUUCAAUUAACUGCUAUAAGAUGUUGGCAACGUCUUCCCCAAAUGAAAAGAGCCCAAGAAGAGAGAACAAAAAGACUUUCAAAGAUACGUCAAAAGGUCGCUAAUAUUUUACCAGAUUAUGAUCCAAAUAAGAGUGAUACACCCAGAUCAUCUAUAACUUAAAACUAUGUUGAAAAUGUUUUCCAAGUACAACGGUUUCAUGUUCAAUCAAUAAAGUUUAAUUACUCAUCUUUUCUCUUCUUUCAUUUGACG